GUGAAUGCCAUCAAACGUCGCAGUGAGACAGAGAAAGGGUAGGCCUUGUCUUAGGAGAUUUUUUGCUCCUGUAGCACAGAGAGCGUGAUGUCAGCGGUAGCAGUACUGUUGUAAUUGACUUGGUGGGGGUGAUGGCGUCAUUUUAUGCCCUGGUGUAGCCUCUUGCUCCAAUAGCGAAGGGAGACGGAUCUUUGGCCGACGCGACCGUGGCUCCCUUGGCCGGGAUCGAGUACCGCGGAGCCGGACAAUUCAUCCCGGGAAACAUGGAGGCUGUGGCCGAGGAGCUGCGGGCCGGCUCUCGGAUACCUGUCACUAUCGAUCAUAUAGUUAACGAUACACUGGUGGUGACACUGACCUAUCGAGAAAGGAGUUACACGGGGAUAUUGCUCGAUUCUAACAAAAAGACUGGGCUAUUCUGUCUACCAGAUUUCACGGCCAAACUUGGAAACUGCCCCAUAUCUAAACCAGCUUGUGAAAUCCCAGAAAUCUUGAGCGUGGAGCCUGUUCCUAAGUCCCCCAGCCAGGCUUCGCACAGACCAAAGGAUGAAAACACUCUCCCAGAAAGCAGCACACCUACCGCACCUCCGCCCUGCCCCGUCCCCACACCAGUGCCAGCUGGACAGUCUCCUUAUCCUCCUUAUUUUGAAGGAGCCCCCUUCCCUCAGCCAUUAUGGGUGCGGCACACCUACAGCCAGUGGGUACCUCAACCCCCUCCACGACCUAUAAAAAGAAAGAAGAGGCGGACGCGAGAGCCCGGGCGUAUGACUAUAAGUACCAUCCGUCUGCGGCCACGGCAGGUACUGUGUGAAAAGUGUAAGAACACGUUAAAUAGCGACGAGGACAGCAAAGAUGCCAUGAGCAACACGAAGACUUCUAGAAAAGAGAAUACCCUACAGAGUGAUGAUGAUGAGGGAGAUUAUAAGGAUGCUCCAACUAAACUGUCAAGAAAAGAGGACGUUGUUGCAACAAAGGACACCAAAAGACGUGAAAAUGGCACCAGCUUUGACAGUAAGCGCCUUAAAAAGGACAAAAGGGGUGAAACUGACGGGGAAAAGUACCCUGCAGGUGACGUUGUCCCUCACAGUCCUGUCAUAAAGAUUUCAUAUAGCACUCCACAGGGAAAGGGGAAGGUGAUGAAGAUCCCCUCACGAGUUCACGGUUCAGUCAAGCCGUUCUGCCCCAAACAGCUGGUGCAAAAUGGCAUGGGAGAAAAUGACAAGGGGUCCGCCGACACAACCAAGGAACAGCGGCACAUUCUCGAUGCCACGAGGUCUGGCCUCACUGUGUCUAUUCCCAAACUUAAACUAACCAGGCCUUUUGCAAACGUUAGUCAAGAGUCACCCCCUCCAAAGAUCCACUUAAGACCUCCUCAAAGAGAGGGGGAGGAGACUAUGGUUGAGUAUGAAGCCGAGCUGGCCAGGAGGCAAAGCCCCAGGGCGCCUGGGCCAUGUCUCCCCCACUCUGAAGACUCGGGUGAAGGGAAGAACUCUCUGGAGUUAUGGUCAGGAAGUUCUGGGGAGGAGGCAGACCGCAGCCACAGCGACCUCACUCUUCUGAUCAAUUUCCGUAAACGAAAAGCGGAUUCUUCUAGCCUGUCGGUUUGCAGCAGCGACAGCCUGGACGAGUCCAAGUCCUUCAGCUCUGACGGCACCUCGCCGGAGCUGUGCGACCUGGCGCCAGGCGAAGACCUCUCCGUCACCUCAUCUUCUGUAACUCCUCGGGAAGAUUGCAAGACAGUGCCGCCACUCACCGUGCGGCUUCACACUCGCAGCAUGACAAAAUGUGUCACGGAGGAGGGUCACGCGGUGGCGGUGGGCGACAUCGUGUGGGGAAAGAUCCACGGCUUCCCUUGGUGGCCAGCACGCGUGCUCAGCAUUAGCGGCACGCGUAAACAGGAGACGGCCAACUGCGAGGCCCAGUGGCCCCAAGCGAAGGUGGCGUGGUUCGGUUCACCCACCACUUCCCAGCUGUCCGUUGCCAAACUGUCGCCCUUCAGAGAGUUCUUCAGGUCCCGCUUCAACCGCAAGAAGAAAGGGAUGUACAGGAGAGCCAUCUUGGAGGCGGCCAAAGCUGUUGGUCACAUGGGUCCAGAGAUUACAUCACUGCUUUCCCACUGUGACACGUAGAGGCUGAGGACUGAGGAGGGGUCUUCGAGGUUUUCCUGAAUUCUCAGACUCUGUCAUCAAGUCCCAGGAAGGAGUACGUGUGGUUGCCACGGCUACUAUUUAUAUGCUUCUUUUUUUUUCCUCAUGAGGCUGGUGGAAAAAUGGCUGCCAAGGCGAAGUGAUGAAACUGGAUAAGGGAGCAAAAAAAAAAAAAAAAGACCAGGCAUCUGAUGGUCAUGAACUGAACUAUUACUUUUUUUUUUUUUUUAGAUUUAAUCAUAUUUCAAAUAGAGCCGAAUAACAACACUACAAGGACCCGAAUGUAUUUAUUGUCUGCAAUGGUUUGUUAAAAUCAUCUUUCUACAACAGUCUCGCAAAAACCCCCUAAUGUGCUGCUGUCAUCAUCACGGUCCUCGCCAAGGUCCAACUCGUCCACGAAGGGAGGCAGUGGCAUCUUCAAUCGCCCUCCUCUUCCUCUCCUUGCUCUUGGACAUCAGACUUUUUACCCACAGUUGAAGGUCUUACCCUGAAUCUUCUGAAAAUGUGAACGGCUCCAUCCAGAGACGGUAGCGACUGCUCCAGCUCCUCUAGUGACCACAGUGUUUCAUCUGUGUAGCUCUUUGCAACAUUCGUUGGAUUUGUGGAUGUAUUUAUGCUGAACUCUGUCCCUCUCCAGAGUCAUGUUGUGUCUUCUCUCCAUUUCAUUUUCAACUCUACAAGCCUCCCGUCUACAUAUUCCCCCCUCCCCUCCCUUGAACUCUUCAUAUAUCCCAAGAACCAUUUUUACAUCUAAUUAUUUAAAGUGACACAUUUAAGGAAAAAAAGAAAAAGCACUUUAUCUGUACCUUUGGUGGCCUGCUGUAAGCUUACUUGUUUGAAACACUAUUGCGAGAUACAGCACUGAUAGGCAGCGAGCAAGUUAAAAAUAUGUGGUUGACUAUCCAUGGCCUUGGAGAUACAAAAAAUUCUUCCUUUUGUUUUUGUUUUUUUUUUUUUGUUUGUUUGUUUGUUUUUGUUUUUUUUUUGUCUUUAUUUUAUGGGGACACCAGACACAGAUGGUUGUGUACACUGUAUUUUUGCAUUUUCUCUGUCAGCUAAACUUAUCUGCCACAUUCACUACAAAAAUAAUCCUCAUUUUUACAUUUCCACUGGAGAAAUAAAGAGUGAAGAAAUGUGUCCCAGCCCCCCCUAUGCAUUAUCAGUUAAAGCUUUAUGAGGAGUUACUUUGGGAGGGGGGAAAAAAAUAAAACAUGCUGUAAGGAUACUGUGAAUUCAGCUGCUGCUUGUGCUGAAGAAAAGCUGGCUUGCAACUAGUCAGAGUCUUCAGUUGCAUCGAGCAACACUGACCUUUAGUGGCUUUUCUGUUGAAGGCAGCACUGUUGGAUUAAGGGGGUUGGGGGGGUGAAAGCAAGAGGGCACGGCUGUCGGUUGCAACCCGGUCUGCAUUAAAAACUACACAAAGGUUGCGCACGGUCGCACUCCAGCCAAUCAGCUUGUCUGCUUUCAGCUCAUCCACGAACUGAAAACAGGCUAACGUUUUAGGGCAGAAAUGUUUGGGUUUUAUUUAUUAUUUGUUUGUUUUCAGGGGAGCAGGUAAACCUCUCUUCCAUUUUUUUUUUUUUUUUGGAUAAUCUUUUGGCCGACUGUUGUCAAGCGCAGCUUUCACGCAACGAGCAGAGCAGUGCAAGAGUCUAUGUAUGUAUGCCUGAGAGGGAAAAGUCGUCAGGAUUUUUCCCGUGUAAAAGCAACGUGGUUGUCUACUGUUGCCCACGUUGGUCAGUGUUACUGGCUACUUUUUUUUUCCUUUUUUUUUUUUUUUUUUUUUUUUACAUGUACUGUAUAUAAAAUAAAAUAUACAAGCAAUAUUUGUGCAGUUGUGGGUCAGUCACUUUUGUCACUGAUGAUCAGAAGGGCUCAGAUGUUCAUGUGAUUAUUUGAAAUAAGAAUGGUUAAGAUGUCAGUAAUGUUAUGUGAAUCCUAAUAUUCAGCAUAAGUAGUACCAUGCAGCUUCUCGUUUUCAAUUACUUUCCAAAAUUAGGCUUCAUAGUGUCAGAAAUAUCGAGGCUUUUGAGAUUUCAGCUUGUCAAAUUUAAAGCAAGCAUUAAAUAAAUGGUGCUGAUUUUAAAGAAUGUACCAGGCAAAAGUUUUAAGCCACCCCUCAUUUUUUAUAUAUAACUUAGAAAAUAGGUGGAAACCCAAGUAAGAAUAUAGUGUAUUAUUAAAGUAAGCUUUAAAGUUAUUUUCCAUGUGCACCUUUAUUUCCAUUUUAUUGUUUUCUGUCCAGAUGAUCCCACACUGUUCAGUAAAGUUGAGUUUCUGCACUGGGGAGAAUUUAAAAGUCCAUCAGACCUUUUGUCACUUCUUUUUAGUCCAGUUUUUGUGUCAUGUGGCAUACCUCAGUCUUCUUACUAGCUUAGUGGUUUCUUGACAGCCACCCUUCAUGGAGACCAUUUUUGGUGGUGAAGCAUAGAUCAGACUUGGGGCUCGGCUGCAUCUCAGGUUCUGUGUUAAAUGUUUUCCUACUUUAACAUGACAUACCAUUUAGAUCUUCUUCUUCUUUUGUCACUCAUCAAGUUUGAAUUGAUUUCCCAAGUUUUUAUUUGUAGGUCUUAGAGAUUCAUACAGUAUAUUAGGCCAGUCAAACCAUUAUCUUUGGCUGUUUUUGUUUCUGUUUUUUGUGGAUGUUAAGAAAUGGGGAAAAUUAUGUCUUCUAGCAAAGUGCCUAAAAGAUUAAAUUUAUAAUUGGUUCUUUGCUAAGUUAUUGGUUUGAGUUUGGUGCCUUUUGUUUUUAAUGCUUUUUUAUGUUUUUCAUUGUAAUAUCUUAAAGACAGAUUUUUCUGAAAAUGUUUAGAUUCAAAGACUGGACUGAAAAUGAGUGAAAAAGCAGCCAAGGUCCGAAGAAAAAUUAUCAAAAACCUUCAGAAAUGCUGGAUUACAAGUGAGUCUGAUAGUUUGGAAGCAAAAUAUAAAGAAUUGAGGGGUAACUUGGAUACUUUUGCACAGUACUAUAUUUUUGUUGACGGCCAUAAUUGAUGAUCUUCUUUUAAUUAUUUUAUUUCUUUGUGUCUCAUUAGCUCCCAUUCUUUGCAAAAAAUGCAAUACCCAGUGUUUAAUUGGUUUAUCCUUCACCAGUUUUAUAUUCUGUGCUGGUUAAACUGAUGUGUGUUUUCAUGUUCAAUAAACUGACGUCAAACUUCUUUUUUAAGGAUAGAUUGGCUCCAUCUUUAAGUUUACUCAGACUAAAGGGAUAAUUCUUCAUGUAAAAAGAGCAGUUUACAGCUGUGUCUGCUAUAGAGUUGGCAUGCCAGUCCUAAUCCUGCAUUUGUGGAUGUGAGCAGGUUGGCCUAAGAGCGGCUGGGAAACAGUGAGGCGAGGACCGCAGAAUCCAAUCCAAAAGGUUUUAUUCAUCAGUCACAGGUUUAAACAGAAACUCACUCCUUCUGUUGCGGGGUAGUUCAGUCACCAUCAGCAGCCGCACACUCUCUGUCUCUCAUUCACAAUCUCACUCUGCCCCAAAUGAGCAAAUCAACCUCAUUUAUUCUCUGCCGCUGAUUGGGCUGUAUCAUUCCCCCAACAGGUGCAUCCUCAAUUAUAACAUGCAUUUCUCUAUUAAAAUUCCUUCUACAAAGCUAAAAGUAUUUACACACUAUAUACUUAACACUACAAUCAUAAAGUUAAACCAAAACCCAAUAUACAAAUAAACUCCAAAAUCUUCCUGCCACAUGGUCUCUCCCAAAUCAUCAAAAGAUAUCCAGGCCACCUGCAACCCAUUUGCCCGGUCACCCUGGAGAGGCCAUGCGCCAGGUAAGUAAAACUCCAUUACUCCAUUAAAUUACCUAUGGACUUCAAAUUUACACACAAUGUUCUGCUUAUCACUGUUAACAGCUGUCUUUGCAGGUAUCUGUAAAACAAACCACAUAUCAGUAUUAAAUAAACAGUUCAACCUU